AAAAAAAUAAAAUAAAAAAACACAUUUUCCUAAACCGUUCUUUCCCCAACCCCUCUUUCCCUUUCCCUUUUCCCCUUCCAAAUCCCUCGAACCCGAACCCUAACCCUAACCCUAGCAUUUUCUCGGAUCCCCUCUACCACGCGGCCUCUUCUUCGUCUUCUUCUUUUUCCUCCCUGUCGAGGUGCGAUUGCGCCUUCGCUUCGGGCUCAGAGGGGGGCCGCUUCGAUCGAGCAUGGCGUCGGAUGCGAUCGACGAUUACUGGAUCGACGGGGAAGGAUCGGACGGGGAGCUCCGGUGCGCCCUCGAGAGCUUCUGCGACGUGGCCGCGCCCGCGCCCUCCGCGCACGCCGGGAUUGGGGUGGAGGAGUCGUAUGGAGGUGUUUGUUGUCUCGACCAAACGAGCUCGAGGAAAAGGGCAAGAGAUGAAUCAUGCACAGGAUCCAAGUCCAAGGCUUGCCGUGAGAAAAUGCGGCGGGAUAGGCUUAAUGAUAGGUUUCUGGAAUUAAGCUCAAUCCUCGAUCCUGGUAGACCGCCGAAAUCUGAUAAGGCAAGCAUUUUGAGUGACGCAGCUCGUGUAGUGGCACAGUUGAGAAAUGAAGCCAAACAACUUAAGGAAUCAAAUGAAAAGUUUCAAGAAACAAUCAAAGAUUUGAAGGUGGAGAAAAAUGAGCUUCGAGAUGAGAAGACGAGGUUAAAGGCCGAGAAGGAGAGAUUAGAGCAAAUGGUAAAGGCCGUGAGUGCUCCUCCAACAGGAUUUGUGCCGCACCCAAUGGCUUUCCAUCCGGCUGCUGCUGCUCCUAUAUUUGCUCCGCAUGGUCAAGCCCCAGGAAACAAAGCCGCCGCUCCGGUUGCUGCAUAUCCCGGUGUCGCCAUGUGGCAAUGGUUGCCACCUGCUGUUCUGGAUACGACGCAGGACGCCAAACUCUGGCCUCCCAACGCAUAAGCCCAAAAGACAAAGCUGGCUAUAUCAUUUCUGUUUUUAUUUUUUCUUUCUGACUCCUAUGGUUUUCUCUCUAGCUGUUUCUUUAGUAUGUUGGGUCUCUGACAAGAACGAAUGUGCAUAUCUGCUCUCAUUGUCAUCGCAUGUGGCGACCAUAAUGUGACAUUUUAAAUUGAUUUGUUCAGUUGCGAGGAUAGUUGUUCGCUAUUCAAUAUCUUGGGCCAUUAAACUUUAAUGUAGAUUGCUCUGUUUUCAUUA